AUGAUCAGUUCAAACAAGAAAGACGUCAGCCACAAGCCUUUUAUUUGUCACUUGUGCGAUCGACCUUUCUCACGCAAACACGACCUUCACCGUCACGUUCGAGUCCACACAGGCGCCAAGCCUUACCAAUGUCCCUGUUGCCAAAAAUCAUUUGGACGAACGGAUGCACUGAAACGGCAUUUGCGGUUAGAAGAUGCCUGUCGCUUGAGUCCCGAAGUGCAAGCAAUGAAAGGAGCAGGUCAACGACGAUUCAAAAAUUUGUAA